AUGGCAUCAUCGUCUGCUGGGGAGCUAUCUUCGCGCCUGAACAGAUCUGGUAAACCACGACAGAAGCAGUGGAGGUCCAGGUCCAAAACUGGCUGCAUCACUUGCAGGAUCCGCCGAGUCAAGUGUGAUGAGUCCAAGCCGAGUUGCCAGAAAUGCACAUCCACAGGAAGAAAGUGCGAUGGUUACCAAGAUCCGAGCACCAAGCAGACAUCCUGGCGACGCAGUAGGCGAACAGGGGCCACACCAGCCCAGACACAGGGCAUGAUACAAAUGUUAUCGCCCUGGGAUCUCAUCGGGCACAAGCCAUUGGAGAAUGAAUACUUCAACUACUUCCGCCUCAUUACCACCCCAAGUCUGGUGGGCUUCUUUGACACGGGAAUCUGGUCCUAUAAGUUGCUGCAGGUCUCACAUCACUACCCGGCUCUGUGGCAUGCCAUGGCUGCGCUAGCGUCUCUACACCGGCAUUUCCUCGAGGACGGGGAGCCUAUCACUUCUGUACAGGGCUUUCACUGGCAAGCUUUUACCCAUAUUGGGAGUGCGUUGAUGUUAUGCCAUCACUGGAGCCUUGGGUCUAAGAAGCAUGAAUCCGUGGACAUGUCUGCGCUGGUGAUUCUUUUAGCUCAGCUCGACAGUCAGGCCCGUCCCCUUUAUUUGCUCCAACAAAUGGCCAUUCCCUGGGUCCAGACACGAUUCCUUCUACCUGCAACCGAGAUCUGUUUCACGUCCCUCUCUGAGGCACACGAGUCACUGGAGGUCCAUGUCAAUAAUAUGCUACAGUUCUUUUCUGGCAGCACUGAUCUUGCUGGGGCGGAAAGGCUUGCUAGGAUGGAGAAGUGUCAAGAUGACUUUCGUCAAUGGGAUGCCAGGCUUGCCCAGUAUCUUGCCACAUCCCCUCAUGAUACGGACAAUAAACCCUUGAAAACUUUGUACCUUCGGCGGUUAUACGCUAAGGUGAUGCUGGGUCUGGACCCAGCCAAGGGUGAGCUGGCUCAUGAUGAAUUCACCGACGACUACACAGAGAUGGUCGAGCUAGCUAGCGCGAUCUUGGAAGACCAUGGCAGCUCCUUGAAACGCGCACCAGUUCCGAUUCCACACCGAUCGAAGCGGCAUUUUAGUCUGGAAAGCACUGUUACAGAGAGUCUAUUCCUAGUUGCGGCACGUUGUCGGGAACCCGCGACCCGUCAAAGGGCACUUCGACUUAUGCAGCUGCAUCCACGCCGCGAAGGCAUCUGCGGGACCAUGCUAGCCUUAUGUGUGGGUGAAAAGCUCAUUGAAGUCGAAGGGACAGCCUGCAAAGCCGCGCCACCAGGGUCAUGUGCCGAUGGGCGAUGGGUAUGUGCCAACCAUCGUGUGGUAGUUCUGCGGUUUGCGGAUCUCACUGAGCGGAAAAUUUCCGUUGAGAUGAUAACCCGGGGUGAAGUCACGCAGGGUCUACCAGGCAAACGGUUCGUAUUUCACAAGACCUGGUAG